AUGGGAGACGCGGUGGCUGACACCCCAACUCCAGGGGGACCCUACUCGGAGCGCCCCACAGCCAUCGCUGGGAGAAAAGGGGAACCCGGCAAGUGCGUCUUCCCGGAUCUCAAGGAGAAGAAGGAGAAGGUGGAGGAGAAGGCCGUGCGGAAGGAGCGAAAGAAAGAAGUAGUGGAGGAGGAAGAGAACGGAGCCGAGGAAGAGGAGGAGGAAACGGCCGAGGAUGGGGAGGAAGAGGAUGAAGAGGAAGAUGAGGAAGAAGAAGAUGAGGAGGAUGAAGGGCCCGCGCUGAAGAGAGCUGCCGAAGAAGAGGAAGAAGCGGAUCCCAAGCGACAGAAGACAGCGAAUGGGGCGUCGGCAUGAGCCCCCCUUCCAGUGGGCUGGGGACGGGAGGCUUCCCCCCCUCUUUUUGGGUGGGGGGCCUGGACGUGGGGGCGGGUGGGGGACACACACACGGAGCCCUCCCUCCCCUUCCCCUGGCUCCCUGAGGUGGGGGCGGGGUGUGUCUUGUUUCCGGGCCUCUCUUUUCGGGCCUCCCUUCUCCGGCCUCCCCAGCCAGCCAAUGUCCCUCCGUACUUUUGCCAUUGUUCACCCUUGCCCCUCUGCCCCGGACCUGCUUCUCCUCCUGAGUCUCCCAGGUGGACCCCAGUCACCCCUCGCCCCCUGCCCUCCCCCCCUGCCACCCAUCCCAGAUCCAGGCCCUGGGCUCUUCCCAUUCCCCCAUCCGCCUGCCUGAUCGGUCCUUGGUGUCUCCCUUACAUCCCCCCCACAGCCCCUCCAUUCUCCCAGACAGCGCCAGGCCGGGGUGGGGCCGGGGGUGGGGCCGAGCCCCCUAGCUGCCCCCUUCCCCUCCCCUUUUUGUAUAAUUUAAUAAAGAAAUGGUCGCGCUUCUGUUUU